AUGUUCCGCAAGACCGCUCUUCUGCUCCUCGCCGCCCUCCCCUUCUCCUUCGCGCAGAUCUCGGAGGACUUUGAAGGCGGUUGGGACGAGUCGGCGUGGCCGAUCUACGCCAACGACUGCAACCAGGGCGGCAAGGUGUCGCUGGACACCACCACUGCCCACAGCGGCUCUAACUCGGUCCGGGUUGACGGCGCCGGUGGUUACUGCGGGCACAUUUUCUUUGGCACGACGUCCGUCCCUAGCGGUGAUCUCUAUGUCAGGACAUGGCUGAAAGCGCAAAACGCCCUCACCGACGCCCACGUUAGCUUCAUCACCAUGCCGGACUCGGCCCAGGGGGCGAACAAGCACCUCCGGAUCGGCGGGCAGAGCAAGAUCCUCAUGUACAACCGCGAGUCGGACGACGCGACGCUCCCGGACCUGUCGCCGCAGGGCAUCGCCGCGUCGAAGGCCCUGCCCACGGGCGACUGGCAGUGCCUCGAGUACCACGUCGGCGCCGACGGCACCAUCGAGACGUGGCUCAACGGCGAGGCCAUCGAGGGGCUGACUGUCAAGUCCGGCGUCGACAACCCCAACGCCGGCCAGUGGCAGAGGAGCAACGUCGUCCCCAAACCCACCGCCGUCUACUUCGGCUGGGAGUCGUACGGCGGCGACACCAACACCUUCUGGUACGACGACAUCGUCAUCAGCGACACCCGCGUCGGGUGCGAGUAA